AUGAAUUAAGAAAUUUAAUAAUUUAGAGCAACUUUACCAAUAAAUGAAUUCAAAUAAGAAAUUUUGAAAUAGACUUUGGAAAAUACUUUUAUUAUCAUAACUGGUGAUACAGGUUCAGGUAAAUCAACAUAAUUACCACAAUAUUUAUUGGAUGAUGAGAAUUUUAGAUUAAGCAUUUGUUAAUAAAGAAAAUAGUUUUUGGAGGAAUAAGUAGAAGAGAAAGAUUAACCUAAAGUUUAAGGAUUCUUAUCCAAAAAGUUAAAGCCAUUUGUUCCAGAGGAUAGAAAGAAUUCAACAGAUUUAAAGAUUGUAGUAACAUAACCUAGAAGAAUGGCUGCUAUAUCAAUGGCAAAAAGAGUAGCAUUUGAGAGAAAUGUAUAAAUAUUAUUAUAUAUCAAUAAAUAGUAAAAUUUAGGUGUAGAAGUUGGUUAUUCUAUAAGAUUUGAUAAUUCCACUACUAAUACUACUUAAUUAAGAUAUGUAACUGAUGGUAUAUUGGUGAGAGAAUGUUUAUAAGAUAAAGAUUUAACAGGAUAUGAUGUUGUAAUCCUAGAUGAAGCUCAUGAAAGAUCCCUUUAUACAGAUGUUCUAUUUGCAUUAGUGAAGGCAGCUGCAAAGAGAAGGAAUGGAAGUUUAAAAGUGAUCAUAACAUCUGCAACUUUAAAUAUUAAUAUUUUUAAGACUUAUUUUGAAGGAUGUCCAUAUGUAAAAGUUCAUGGUAAGUCAUUUCCUGUUGAAGUUAAAUAUGCUGAACAUAAUAUAACCUAAUAAAAAAGAAAUCAUGAUGCUGUGAAUGCUGCAAUUAGAAUGCAUUUACAUGAAGGUCCAGGUGAUAUCUUAGUAUUUUUACCAGGAAGUGAGGAUUGUGAAGUUUGUAGAAAAUUUUGUUAUGAGAAAUUAGCAGAAGUAUUAAAUUCAGGAGUUGAAGUUCCUAGUGUAUUAUUAUAUACAUUAUAUGGAAGUUAAACUUCUGAAGAUUAGAGUCAAGUAUUUUAAAGAGCAGAUGAACAUACUAGAAAAAUUAUAUUUUGUACUAAUAUUGCAGAAACUUCUUUGACUAUUGAUAAUAUUGGGUUUGUAGUAGAUACUGGUUAUGUGAAAUAAAAAGUAUAUAAUUCUAGGACUGGAAUGGACUCACUUAUCAUUUAACCUAUAUCUAAAACAUAAGCAAUUUAGAGGACUGGUAGAGCAGGCAGAACAUAAUCAGGAAAAUGCUAUAGAUUAUUUUCUAAAUAGUUUUAUGAAUCCCUAUAAGAACAUACAACUGCUGAAAUAAUGAGAGUCAAUUUAGCAUCAGUUAUGUUAUUACUUAAAUCUAUGGGAAUAGAUGAUGUGGUGAAAUUUCAAUUUAUGGAAUAACCAACUUAAGAAGCUAUUUUAUAAUCUUUAAGAUAAUUAUAUCUAAUAUAAGCAAUUGAUGAGGAUGGAUAUAUUACUCCAAUGGGUUAUGAAAUGUCUAGAUAUCCUUUAGAACCAAGUUAUGCAAAAGCAUUGAUUACUUCAAAAAUGAUGGAAUGUUCAAGUGAAAUGAGUGCUAUUGUGGCUAUUUUAUCAACAGAAAACAUUUGGUAAAGAAUUACUAGAGUAGAUGUAGAUGGAUAUUAAAAGUUAUAAGAAAUUCAAUCAUAACAUGCUGAUCCUGCAGGAGAUCACUUAAGUUUAUUGAAAAUAUUCUCAGAAUGGAGAUAAGCAACAUUUAAUGAAUAAUUUGCUAAAGAUAAUUUAUUAAAUUUAAGAUCUUUAAGAUAAGCAGAUAAUAUUCGAUAAUAGUUAUAAUAAUUAGUUGAAGGUACAAGUAAAAAGAAAUGUUCACUAUUUUAUGAUUAAGAUUAUCUUUAUAAAUUAUUUAGAAAAUAGAAGGAUUCAAAAAAAUGGAAUAUAAAUGAAACUAUUAAAUUAGCAUUAUGUUCUGGAUUCUAUUUUAAUACAGCUCGUAAGAUGCAUAAUGGUGAAGAUACUUAUUUAAUGAUAUAUCCUGAAGGAACAGUUGUAGAUACAGAUCCAUAGAGUGUAUAUACAGUAAUUUAAUAAUAUCCUGAGACUGUCAUAUUUACUGAAUUGGGAGGCACAUCUUAAGUGAGAGGAGUGAUGAAAUUAAUUAGUGAAAUUAAUAUAGAAUGGGUUAAACCCUAUUUCUCAAAUAUGAUGAAGGUAUCAAAAAUGGUUAUUGAAUUUAGGUUGAUCUAUUUAAACUGGCUAGAAUUUAAUUUCAAUAAAGAGGAAGAGAUGCUGUUUAAGAAAGAAGAUAAAAGAAAAUCUAAGAAUAAGAGAAAUAGAAAGAUUUGGAAUAAAAGUAGAAAUUAGAAAAACAUUAAUUAUAUAAGGCAAGAUUUGAAUAAAGAAAAAAAGUUAAAAUGUGA